CUGCGCACCUGAAGGUUUCCCUGACAACAUAAAAAAUGUUUACAUUGUAAGAAUAAUUUGUGCCACUUGUCAUGUAAAUCAUAAAAAUAUUUACCAAUAUCUCGAAAGUGAAAAUGGACAGUAAUUACAACGCGAAUAUUUUAAAAUGGUUGCCAGUUCAAGGUCCAAUUUUAGAAAAAUGGUUUAACGACUCUAUGGAAUUGGAGGCGAUGCUCAGAAAACUUUCUUGGGAUAUUGUUUAUUAUGUGGAAAUUAGUGUCAAUGACAAGGCCUCUAAUCAAGAGACACUAACGAAUUUCGUAAAGAGAUUGGAGAAAUGCAUAGAAGAUUAUAGAUCGAUUUGGAAAUCUGGAGAAACGUCCCAACCAGUUUAUAAAGCUAAAGUCCAACAUAUAAAAACAAGUUUACAGCGAAAUUUAAAUGUGGUUGCUAAAUUUAUCAGAAAUCUAAUUUAUGACAUUAUGGAUUUGAAAAAUGAUGAAUUCCUAAAGAUUAUUUUUAGAUUAGUUAAUGCUUACAACAAAACUUUGGAAUUAGAUCCAAACGUUUCGGAAAGUUCUAUUAAUAUUUUCUCCAACAAUUGCCCGUCGAUGUUGGAACCUUUGAAAAAAAUUUCUAUCACUCGAUUAUUACAGAUUUUAGCUAGAAAUAAAGUCGAAGAAUAUUGUCACGAAUUUAUCGAAUGUUUAUUGACUAAUUAUCAAUGCAAUAUGGAUAAAGAGGACACAAAAUCGACGGCCGAUGUUGAUUUAUCAGAAAAUUCUAGUAUCGAAAUUUAUCGAGCCCUUACGAAACAUUUAGUGCCACCGAUUACGUCUCUACCGACACAAGAAAUGGAAAUGUCGAAUGUAGAAUCAGUUCAAAUUUUAGUAAACAUGCAAAACGAGGAAAUCAAUCGACUAAUGAAUAUUAUCAAAAUUAUAUCUCCUCAACUUUUUGGCAGUGACGCUCUGCGAACAGUAAAUAACGACGAAAAAAAAAUUCGAGUGGCUGCAAUGAAUAAAAUAAUAAAAUUUUAUCAAGAAGUCGCGUGGGGAUCAAUUUCGAGUAUUUUGGACCAUGUUUUAUUGUGGUGGUCAUCGAAGGCUUUGGCAAUUAGUCACAGUCGUGGAGCUCAACAUUUUAAAGAUUGGCUACACCGAUUCCUUAAAAAAAAUCAGGUUCCAGUCACUGUAAAACCGACUCUGCAAAAUUUGUGCGACACUUUGGGAUGUUUUGUAACUGUCACAGCUUGGGACGAACGUUUUCGAAGAGCUUACACCAAAUCCUUUGCAUGCAAAUCAAAACCAUCGUGUGAAAUUUCCAAGGGAACAGAUACGGGUCACAAGUUUUUAGAACUCUUCAAACUUUUAGUUGUAAAUAGUAAUGAAUGUGAAUCUAGCGGUGAAUGGGAGGUGGGUGCUCCAUUGGUUCAACUUCCACUUUCCGAACAAAUUGUAGUUCUGCAUAGAUUGGAUCACUCAAUUCACACGAUGAGAUUGUGGUCCUUGCAAGAGGCUAAAGAAAUUGCUCACACUUGGGAAUUAAAUGUCUUUUUCCUUCUUGUCAAAGGCGACGUGAUUAAUUGCAUUCAGGAGCUUCAAUAUUUAAAGCUUACUGAUCAUACAACAACUUUGGAAACGGAGCCAAUUAGCGUUCAAGUUUACGUUUGUGCAAAAAUGAGAGCCAAAAUUGUAUCCGAAGUUAAAGUCAAUAUCGAAUUAUUGCAGGGAGCACCUCUUAAAUGUAUAGACACACUGGCAAUAAUUUGCCGCGUAAUUAGCCUCGCGAAUUUACAUAUGUGCUUCCCAAAGCCAAAUUAUUGGCGAAAAAAUUGUUCUAUAAUGCCCUCUGUGCCAAGUGUCUACGUCGAGGCGUAUUUUAAAAAAGUUCUCUACCCAGUAUUAAAAGUGAUUGACAAUCACGAAGUGUCAAAUAUGAUUUUUCGUCUAAUGUGUGAGGCUUGGUUGGAUUAUAUUUAUUUGCAUCAAGUCAAAUUUAGUAAUUGGGGUGCUUGCCAGCUUUUAACGGAUUUCGCGCACGUAUCAAAGUGGGUCAUUGACUGUUCUAUAAUUUCGGAAAAUGUACGGAGUCAUCUUUUAAAAAAUGAAGUUUUACGCCGUUGUGAAGGCGUCGGUCGACUUCUUUUGCGACAUCCUGGAGAAGCCAUUGCCAUGAAUAAAAAACCACCUCAAAAAAGCAACGAAAAUGGUUCUUUAGAGUCGCUGGGUUUAGAAAGAAUGCCCGCAGAAAUGUACGUUCCAAAUCAAGAACAAUGGCUUGAACUUCGUGCAUCGAAACAUUACAAUUUUUGCUGUCACGGUUAAAAUUUUCUAUCUGCCGUUCAGUGAACGCCACGAAACAAAAAAAUCAAUUCAGAAAAUUUUAUCAC